UAGCACUGGAGUUUAUUUGUUUUUAGAGUGGACGGAAGAAUGGAAAACAAAACAGAGCAGCCUGAAAUUGCAGAUAAUCCGGCAAAAGGAGUAGCCAAAGAAACACAUCCUACUGAAAUGGAAGAACAAGAACCUGACCAGGAUCAGAAGGAAGUCCUGCUGGAUGAUAUUGAUAUUGCUUAUAUAAAGAAGAACGAAUUAAAAGUAGGACGACAGGCUGAUGAUAUCAAUAUUAGGCUAGUAAAUCUAGUAAAGGAGCAUCCUUGCAUCUACAACCGAGAUCAUCCAAGAUAUACCGAUGCUAAUUACAAGUAUGAGUGCUGGGACAAGAUUGCGAACACCCUCAAGAGGAAACGAGGAGAAUGUAAGAAGAAAUUCUUGUCCCUGUACCAAAAAUUUGGCAACACUUACGUGAUGAUACGUAAGCCGGAAUUGGUGAAGCAGGGAUUCCCGAAAAAGAAAUUUGUCUACUACGAGGAAAUGAUAUUCCUCAAGAAACAUUUUGAACUAAGUUUGGUAGAGAAUCGUGUGAAGAAACUUGUGAAUUCAUGGAAAAAAAAUGAUCGAGAUCUGCUGGCUAAGCAGAAGGCUAAAGCGCUUAAGGAACAGGAAAAGAGGAAGGAAGAACAGUCUAAAUUGCAACUUAUGGCUUCUCAAAGGCCUCAAUUCCAGAAUUCCAAGCCUGAUUUCUACCGAAGACCUCCGGAAAAUCGACCAUCUUACCCACAAAAUGAGAUCAUGCCAAGAAAUAACAUACCAAUGCCAGGACCUUCUGCACCACAAUUCUUUCAGACAAUAUCCACGAUAUCGACUACACAGAAUUUUCCAGGCCCGGGAAUGAUGCCACAGGUGCCACAGCCUCCCUUUAGGCAGCAGGAUUAUGCCGAAGAUAAACCACCGGCUUCGAACAACCGAGAAAACACUGCAACGGAUGAUUCCCACGUGGAUUUCUUCUUCAAGAGUGUAGCUCAGCAAGUGAAGAAGUCAAAUAUCUCUGACAAGAACUUCCUGGACCUGCAGUCAACCAUUCUUUCAGCUCUUACGUACAAAUUAUCAUACGUUUACGAUAAAUAAAUUCCUCCAAACCCAA